AUGGGGGAUCAGCAGCCCUACGUGACAAUACGGACAAGGAGGCCCACGGAUGGCGGGAGCAUGAGCAGCGGGGAUUCAACCGUACGUGGAGAGAACCGUCGAGUGAACCCUCGGUACAGGUCCGGCCUACUCACGUCUGACCAGUAUGGCUCGAGCGCUGGCGAUGACAGGGCGCCGCCGGCCAAGACCCACGACACCAGCCUCGUGAACUACCAUGUCAAGCAUAUAUCCGACUUUGCCAAAACACUGGAGGAUUCUGCUGCGCGAGCUUUCCCGAACCGUGGCCGAUCGCAGAGGUACAAAAAGGUUCAGGCGCUGCUUCUUCACUGGAGGUCUGACGACCUGUUCGUGCUCCCCGAGCUCGAGGACCUCGAGCAGUGUCUUCGUGAAGACUAUAGCUUCGAGACCGAGACUUUCGCCAUCCCGUCUGAUAACCCUCACCUGGACUUGAUGAUGAAGGUUGGUCAGAUGAUCAAAGAGCACGAGUCCACUGAAACGCUAUUCAUCAUCUACUACGGUGGUCAUGCGAGGAUCGACGAAUCGAGGCAGAGUACCUGGUGCGCUAAUCGCAGUUCAGACUCACCUUGGCUCCAGUGGUCCGCGAUCCAAACUCUAUUGGAACGAUCAUUGUCAGAUGUGUUGAUCCUUCUUGACUGUUGUGCCGGUGCUGCAAGCGCUACUUUCCCGAACGGAAACAGUAUCACAGAGACGAUAUCAGCAAGUAGCUGGGACGCCAUUGCCCCGGACCCGGGGAGGUACUCUUUCACCAAUGCGUUGAUUGAGGUCCUCCAGGAGUGGAAGCACAGGACGUACUCGGCGGCUAUGCUCCACGCAGAAAUAUUGGCUCGGCUCAAGCAUCCUCGGCCCAUCAUGUUGAACGGGAAGCACUUCGAAGCUCGGUCCACACCAGUGCACUUCAUGAUGACCUCCAACCACAGGGCGCCGAGCAUCGAGAUGGCGCGGAGACUGUCCGAUGACAGAAUACCUCCUUCGCCACCGAUGGAGCCGGAGAUCGAUACACAAGUUGCAACAGGUCGAUCUGGGGCUGCUCAGGACAUUGUCGGCUCAGAGCCCAAUGAAGACGUCCCCCACGUCAUGAUAUCUCUAGCUCUGGAAGACGAUCAAAGGCUGGAUGUCAACGCGUGGGAAAACUGGCUCGCGGCAUUCCCAGCGAUUGCAAAGUACGUCAAAGUACAAGGCGUGUUUAAGAGCCAUUCCACCCUUCUUCUCUUAUCCUUGCCGGUAAUGGUCUGGGACUUGCUGCCCGAGAAUCUUGCUUGCAAUUUCAUUGCUUUCGUGCGGUCGAACAACCUCGCAAUGCAGAGCCAGGAAGCAAGCCGGCCACCGCCAGUUGCAGUCCCGAGCGGGUCGGAAGAGGAAGCCAGAUCUAUCUUGUCUGGGUCAACAGCGUUGUCAGGUUACUGGCCUCAUCAUAUGGCUACUGUUGCGAGUGUACCAGUUCGCGCUGCGACGGAAGCUUUGUCUUCCAGCCACGGGGCUCAUCUGCCCGGCACGCAAUCAGACGCAGCUUCCCAAGAACCAUUCACGUCUGGGUCAUUCUCAGCACCACUGAGUCGGCAACAGACUGCGCCAGCAUCUGUCUCGACUAGAGCCAACUCUAACGAUGCCAUAACGAACCAGAUGAUUCUCAAUCAGUCGCGAAACUCCAGGAGAACCUUCCUGGUUUCUAGCGACAACAUACCCAGCAGGCCCAGUUUGGCUGCACACGUCCAGAGGCGAUUGGAAGAAUACUUCCAGGAAGAUCCCAUGCCGACUGUUGCUGUAAAAGAGUUCUUAGCAUCCAAUCUCGGCAUCGAGACGGCAGACAUAGACCUUUGGUUCUAUCAUCGUCGAGAACAUCAAGAAGUUGCUAACAAACUACAAAGCUUGCGAAUAGAUGACCAUCGACAAGAGCCGUCGAGAGAAGGCCCACGAAUGAUUCUUCCGGGGCAUCUCAACGGCUUACUGGAACUUGUCACCCCAAGUCAAAUACUUCUAGUUGACCUACGUUCUCCCACGGAAUACGACAGGUCUCACAUCCAUGGGUCCAUCAACCUCAGAGCACCUGCUUCUUUUGUCCACAGAGCCUCGCCGGAUAUGAUCGAGAGGGCGUUCGUCGAUGAUACUAGCCGCGAGGUUUUCAACAAGUGGUACACAUCUAGAUGUGUAGUCUUCUACGACAGACAUGUAGAGUUUACAUGGGAAUGCCCGACAGCCGAGGCCUUGAUCCAGAAAUUCAGGAGUAAAGGCUGGGCUGGCCAGGGCUUCAUCUUGAAAGGUCACUACCGCGAGUUCUCGGGAUCAUUCGAUAAGUUCAUCGGCGGCCAGAAGAUGAGCGGGCACGCUAGGAAACACCUGGAAAGCCUGCAAGAUAAGUCAAAUCAGAAGGAUAAGGACAAUCAGGAACAGUAUGACGAGUGGUUGAAGCUGCUUCAAAGCGAAGACCGAGUCGCCCCUGUGGAACUUGUACCCACAGUGAAGACUACUCGCAUCGAAGCCACGAUUCAACACCAGAAGGACUUGGAAGACGAGUUUGAGAGGCAUUUCCCUUCUCUGUAUCGGAAGGCUCUAGACCUCAAGCCCGACAAUAACUGGGACGUCAAGGCACCCAUGGUUGAGCAUCUCUCGCGUGGCCUGACCAAGAUGCAUGAGGUUACAAGGACGGGCGCAGGCUCGAAACCGGGCCACUCGGGAUAUGCCGAAAAACGACAUAUCGAAAAGCGAGCCUCCGAGGAGUACGAUCUGAUCGACUCCGACGACGAGCUAGUGGCCAAGGGCGAGGCAACGCAGAAGGCAGAUGCCAAGUCCCCGGAAGAGCCCGGUGGGCCCAGCACGGAUGCCGUCAAGAAGGGCCGGCGGAACAUUUUGAACAGGAUGUUGCGAAGCGGACGAUGA